AUGUUAUCCACCAACCCCCAGCAGGCCCUUAUGGAUGUGGAAUGGAUGACGAGCCUCUCGGCUCUCAGAGCGUUCGUCGAACAUUGCGGUCGCACCCCCUUUACGUUCGAGUACAGACCAAUGUUUACUACACAGGUCAAUCGCGUCGAGGGCGUACUCACACUCGAGAACGGGGAACUGACCAUUUGUAUGGAGAAUGGUGUAAAAGCCAGUUUUGUUUCUUUGCGGCACUCUAUGGUGUCGUUUAACAUGCCAAAGAAUGAGAACUUUCUCAAGGCUUUUGACGAUGCACGGGCGACCUUUCGAACUGAGUGGAUGGAACUGGAAGAAAGCAAGUUGAUACUGUAUCAGCAGUAUGAAAUGGCCAGGGCACAACUGGCGGAGGAAAACUUAAAGAUCCAGCAGGACGCCUACGCUCAAACGGUAGGAUCACAUGAACGCUUUAAUCAAAUGCAGCAUCAGAUUAACACGUUGGAAUCGCAGAAAACCCAGUUGUGUAAGGAGAACAAUCAGAUGCAAGAUCGGAUUAAUCAGAUGCAGGCGUGGUUUAACCAAAAAGAGAAACAGGGACUUCCAGCUCAGCGGGCGGCAACAGAGGGUGAAAACGAAUAUUUUCCACAAGAUAUCCACACGGUGACACAUACCGCCAAGAUGGGCGGGCAUGCAGAACGGUUUUCUUAUGCGUUGGGGGCUCAGCCCCAGGUGGGGUUGCGAGGAAUUCAAGAGCUAAGAAAUAAGUUCGUGGAAAAGGGUUUCCGACUAGAAGAAAAUAUCCGGACUUUUGAAGGAGCCAUGGAGUAUUUAGUGGAGACCUCCCCAGAACAGCUGCUGGCGGCUUAUCGCGACCUUUUCCCUUACCCAUAA